GAACCUGUUUUGCUGUUUACUUCGAAUUGCUUGUUUGAGUAAACAUUGAAGUCUAUUGAAGUUCCCACGUCUAUUGUGACAAGCCCUCAGCUUGAAAUUUCGGGCACGCCGUUUCUGCCUCACCCAGCUGGUGGAGAGCAUCACUCGUCUAGGGAAUGUCGAAUCAAUUGUCAAUUCCUUUCAAGAAAACUCGUUCCAUUCCAAUCCGACAGGCAGUGAAGGACUAUAUCCUGUCUGCUCAUCCUGACACGCACCCUGAUGCAUUCAAGAACGACAUCACAGAAUGGGAAGCACUGCGCAAAGAUUGCAUUGGCGGUGUCGUCCAUCCUGACAGGAUCCAGUCAGCAAUCAAGUAUCAUGCACAGCUCGUCUUCAUUUUGACGAAAUUACCAAGUGACAUCGGCCUUGAAGUCCCUUACUGUCCAGUAUUCAAUGAGUCUUCGCAGCCUUAUGCCCUGCGAAGCUUAGCAUACGAACGUUCGGCUGUUUUGUUCAAUCUCGCUGCGUUACAAUCCCAACUUGCCCUUGAUGAAGAUCGCUCAUCGCCCCAGGGUCUGAAGAAAGCCAUUGCAUAUUACCAGAAUGCAGCUGGAACUCUGAAUUAUCUUAAUUCGACCGCCCUUCCAAACCUUCGAGUCCUGGCAGAUCUGGACACGUUGCCUCUGGAACUAUCCGACCCAGUCAUCUCACAUCUGGAACUUCUCAUGCUCGCACAAGCGCAGGAAUGUGUGUGGCAACGCGCUUAUCUAGAUGGUUUGAAGCAUGCGCUUCUUGCCAAACUAUCCAUGAAGGUUGCUUCCUUAUACGAAGAAGCAUUGGCAACAAUCCGGGAAAGACCUCCUUCCCUUAGAAAUAUCUUUCCAACGGGAUGGCUGUAUCACGUCGAGGCCAAACGUUUCCAUUUUGAGGCUGCGGCCCACCUCAGGAAGAGCAUGGACGACUCUGACGCAAAGAGAUACGGACACGAGGUUGCUCGAUUGUCAGCUGCACAUGCUGCCGUCAAGCAGAGCUAUGAUGCGGCACGACGAAUCGGUGUUUCGAAGCUGGUAAUGCAUGACGCAAAGUCACUUCUAGAUGUCGUUCAGAAAGAGUUAGCACGGGCUGAACGGGACAACGACCUGAUUUACCAUCAUGAAGUACCAGCCCUUUCUGCUCUCCCGCCGAUUACGGAGGUGUCCAUGGUUCAGUCGUUAGUAUCCACUAGUCUCCUCGAGCCGAAGACCGUGAUAUCACAUGGCGAGGCACUAUUCAAGGAGCUCCUUGCUUGGGGUGCAAAGACCGCAAUCAGGAUAUACAACGAACGCCGUGAUGAUUUGAUUAAGGGAGAGGUUAGAGAAUGGGCGCAACGCUCGAACGACGCAGCUAUUGCAACCUUACGUUCACUCAAUCUACCCGCAGCACUAGAAGCACUGGAAAAGCCAAUCGGCUUGCCUCCUAGCUUGUUGAAGAAGGCAGAAGAGGUGAGGGCAGAAAAUGGACCUGCUCAAGUUGAAUCGUCCAUCGAGGACGUCCGUAACCUUGCUGAGAGAGCGAUGCAAAUUCUUAAUGAGGCGAUGGACAUCCUGGAUCAAGAGGCGGAGGAAGAUGAGGCGUUCCGCAAGGAAGGUCCCUUCGAUCGUUUGUCAUCUCAAGAAGCAAAUAGGGAACUUGCGGUGAAGGGGGAACGUUAUCGGGAUAUCCUAACUCAUGCCGCCGAAAGCGAUGCGGUCGUCAGAGAAGGAUGGGAAGAAUGGGAAAACAAUAUACUGGAGCUGACCUGGGAUGAGGCCGACCUUGAGGCAUCCGUACCAUCGUCUACUCUGUCGGGACAUUCCCGGUUGUCUUCCAGAAGCCCGAAUUUGACGCAGACGCACGCCCGUGCAUUGCGUGUUCUCCUCGAGAACCUUGACAAUGUGCAACGCGCUCGGAACGAAACAGUGGCUCGGGCGCAACGCCUGGCCGAGGCGGAUGAUAUUACUCUAAGGAUCUCCAAGGCGGCAUCUGCAUUCGAGCAGUGGGUUGCAGUGAAGCCAGAAAUGUUGGAAGAUAUCCUUGACGAGGAAUUGUCCAAGUACGAGAAGUUCCGUACUAUGUUAGAGCAAUCAGAGCAAAAGCAACAAGAGCUUCUCGAUGCCAUCAAGGACCGUAACAUUCUCUUUCUUCAAUCACGUAAAGAUGACCCUAUCGUCAAGGAGAGGGAACAUGCGUUACAGUCGUUGGAUCUGGCAUAUCACAAAUACAAGGAAAUAAUCCGCAAUCUUGACGAGGGCCUUAAGUUCUAUAAUGACUUCGGUAACAUGAUGGUGCAAUUCAAGGAAGCAUGUAAGGUUUGGGCCAACGCUCGCAGAAAUGAGAUGAUGUACGUAUCAUAUCACGGAUGGAUCUGUUCGGCAUUAAUCUUACUCGUGGUCGUCCAGGGCUUUGACCCGCGCUAUGAACGCCGUAACCUUAGAGCCUGCGCCUAUUAGGUCUCGAGAGGCACCUUCGAAUUUGACAAGCAGCCGUUCGACUCCUGUGUCCCCGCCACCGCCUGCGACGCCACGAAGUCGUGGAAUAGUCGUGGACUUGCCACCACCAGAUUCCGCAGAUUGGGAGGCAACUCAGUUGCCUCCUGCUCCGAUGAUGCCGGCAAAGAAGAGUAAAACACCAAAGAGAACGAGCUGAGUCUUUGCCCGGUGUGAUGCCGCGAUUCAGGCAUGCACAUGUUAUGUCUUACUUGGUACCGAGUCCUGCAGUGCGGUCUCCUAGGGAUCACCUGAGAAUGCUAGGGGCUGUACUUUCUAUCACUGACUGAAUCAGAACGUUGAAUGGGUGACACUGGUAUGGCGACUCACGAUGGGUCAGGCGGGGGAAUCCGAGGCGAUACACAGGCUAUUUUGGAUAUCGAGGGCGAUUCAUUUGUGAUUGCCAUCACAGACCAAUCGAUCUUUCUCAGUGUCGCGAUCACUCGACACUGCCCACAUAGUAAACACCGCUUAUGGACAUGUAGCAUAUAUAUCUUCCGUGCCAUAGUAGCGCUUGAAAGUAAUCAAUCCCUCUCACGACUCUC